AUGCUCAAGAGUGCUUCUCCGACGGACCUCCCUAAACACGACCCGGAAGGACAGGCAGUUCUCAAAAGGAUAUCGUCUGCCUUAACCAAGAACUCAGUUUCCAUGCUUUGGGUACCUUUCUCAUUCAUAUUGGUUGAGAAAGUGGAAUUUCAUCUGAACUCAUCAAUUUCAGUCACCUUGACCAUAGUGCUCACAUAA